GGUCUGUAAGGUCAAAACCCCGAAGAAAUAAUCAAGAAUUCAAAACCCUACGAUCGCCAGGGAGCAAACGAGCAAAACUCUCUGCUUAAAGCCAUGGCGGUUUCCACCACAUCUUCUUCUUCAGACGACACACAGGCAUUAACUUCUCCUCUCACCAGCAGGACUCACAGUAACUUCUUCGUUUGGAGAGAAUUCUUGUGGGGAGCAUUUGCUGGAGCUUUUGGGGAGGGUAUGGUGCACCCAAUUGACACCAUAAAGACACGGAUUCAAAGUCAAGCUGUGUUUAGUGGAGGCCAGCGCCAAAAGGGCAUAUCGCAGAUGGUCCGGAGUGUCUGUGUUGCUGACGGAAUGUCAGGAUUUUAUAGAGGAAUUACUCCUGGGAUAAUUGGAUCUUUUGCUACUGGAGCAACAUACUUCGGUUUCAUUGAAUCGACUAAGAAGUGGAUUGAGGACGUGCAUCCUAACCUUAGGGGUUACUGGGCACAUUUUAUUGCUGGAGGAGUUGGAGAUACACUUGGAUCAUUCAUAUAUGUACCUUGUGAAGUAGUGAAGCUACGUAUGCAGGUCCAAGGCACCAAAAACUCUUGGAGUUCUGCUAUCAUGAGAGACAACGCCUGCAAGAAACCUGGAGUCCAAAUGUAUGGUUACUAUAAUGGGAUGUUUCAAGCUGGCUAUUCAAUUUGGAAGGAACAGGGUUUGAAGGGACUGUAUGCAGGAUACUGGUCUACACUUGCAAGAGAUGUGCCUUUUGCUGGUCUAAUGGUUACCUUUUAUGAAGCCCUCAAAGAUUUUACAGACUAUGGGAAGGAGAGGUGGCUGUCAAAUCGUGACAUUAAUAGUUCUCUGGAGGGACUUAUCUUAGGGGGAUUAGCCGGGGGUUUUAGUGCGUUCCUCACCACUCCUUUGGAUGUCAUCAAGACAAGACUGCAAGUGCAAGGAUCAACUUUAAGGUACAAUGGCUGGUUGGAUGCAAUUCAGAAGAUUUGGAUGGUGGAAGGCACAAAGGGAAUGUUCAGAGGUAGUGUCCCUAGGGUCAUGUGGUAUGUUCCAGCUUCUUCUCUCACAUUCAUGGCCGUGGAAUUUCUCAGAGAGCGAUUCAACAAUGAUUUAGAUAAAUAAAGAUGUGUGUGAAGGUACAAGCUUACCAAUGGACAAAAAGGGGUUUUCCCCUACAAAAGGAGGUAUAGGUUUUUGCUGAAGGUUCUGUAUUUUUUGGUCUUAUUCAAUUCCAUCCAUUUUAUUAGAGAUGGGCAUUGUAUCAUUUUAGAAACUUGCAGCCUUAUGGCCAUUUCUACUUGUAUUCUUUCUGUUGUACUUCUCCAACAUAUAGUGAAUAUAUACACAUUCAAGUUUAGAGAA